UAUAGCGAGUAUGAGAGCUGGUCUCCGCAACAGCAGGCUCUCUCCGAAGAUUUGCAGUUUAGCCGUGGCUCACGGGGGGAAGAGGGGAUAUCUCCUAAACGCGUUGCCCCCUCCUUCACUUCUUUCACCAAGUGCCACUCUGCUCAGUUUCCGUGCAGCGUGUCAUAAAAAGACAAACCCCGAAUCCACUAUCGCUGUCCGACGACGCUAGACGGGUAGAUAGACCUCUCUCGCGCCUCCGCUCUGACGGGAUAACUGAGAGGGGGAAAAAACUGAAAAAAUAAGGCUAAGAGGGAUUUUAUAUGGUGAUUAGAAGUGAACCGGUGUGGACCAAAUGGAAUGGGACUAACCUGGUAUGGCAACAAACCGAGAAAAGAUUGCGUGCACUGUAUCCAGCAUAGCCGAGCCAAUGUCUGAAUGAGCACUGUGGGGCUUUUCCAGCCAUGGAAGAGAUGGACUGUAAACCCUACCAGCCACUGUCCAAAGCACGGCGGGAGAUGGAAAUGUCGUAUACCAGCUCGUCGGAUGAAAGCGAGGAUGGCCGCUGCCAACCCAAGUCUUACACGUCCCGCGAAACCCUGCCCGACUAUGGCCAGGAUGUCCGCCUCAAUUACAACAGCCACAACAAGAUACAGACAACCUUCGGCAAGGAAGCGCAAGAGUUGGAGUUCAGCAAGCCUGUCCAGAUGGGUAGUGGAAGCUACCAGGAGGAACUUUGCAGUGGACCGCAGCAUGGCUACUCACUGGGGCCGGGCUCAGAUGUGGAUGAGGAGGGAGAGGUGGAUCCCUCUCCCAGCCAUGCACUCCACCUGUGGAUGCAGGAUGUGAAAUCAGAGCAAAGCUCCUGUCUGUCCAGCCGUGCCAACUCCGUGCUGUCUCUGACCGACACGGAACAAGAGAGGAAGUCUGAUGGCGAGAACGAGCUUCCGAGCAGUCCAGGUGGGCAGUUCACCUUCCGGCCUCUGCCCCCUCCACCUCCGCCCCCGCAUGCCUGCACCUGUGCCCGUCCGGCACCUUACGCCCACGUCACGCUGCAGAGGAACACCAUGCCCGUCCGCAGCCAGGCCAGCCAGGUGUCUGAAGCAAGCGCUGGGCAACCAGACAACGCCCAGCUCCACAACAACUGGGUCCUGAACAGUAACAUCCCUCUGGAGACCAGGCACUUUCUGUUCAAGCAUGGCUCGGGGUCCUCAGCCCUGUUGAGCGCAGCCAACCAGAACUACCCCCUCACCUCCAACACAGUUUACUCUCCGCCCCCGCGGCCUCUGCCCCGCAGCAACUUCUCCCGGCCCAUGUUCACUUUCAACAAGCCAUACAAGUGCUGCAACUGGAAGUGCACUGCCCUCAGUGCCACCGCCAUCACCGUUACGCUGGCCCUCCUGCUCACCUAUGUUAUUGCCGUGCACUUGUUUGGCCUGACGUGGCAUCUGAAGCCGGUAGAGACGCAGCUGUACGAGAACGGCGUCAGUAAGCAGGAUGGGGAGGCUAAGAUCAGCGCCAGCACCAUCACCCCACUGGACACGUACAGCAUGGACAAGAUCCAUCGAGGCCCCAAAGGAGAUAAGUUCCAGCGUGGGCGGGCCAUAGACCGCGGGGAGGUGGACAUCGGGACGCAAGUGGUGCAGGUCAUCCCACCUGGGCUGUUCUGGCGCUUCCACAUGGCCGUGCAUCACCCCACCUACAUCAAGUUCAACCUGUCGCUUUCGCGAGACGCUCUGCUUGGUGUAUAUGGCAGGAGGAACAUCCCGCCCACACACACGCAGUUUGACUUUGUGAAGCUUUUGGAUGGGAAGCAGUUGAUCAAACCAGAGGUGAAAGGUUCGGAGAACUCAGGCUCAUCGCCCAGGAACCUGCAACUUAACUCACUUCAGGAGACAGGCUUCAUUGAGUACAUGGACCCAGGCACCUGGUACUUGGCACUGUACAAUGAUGGCAAGAAGAUGGAGCAGGUCUUGCUCCUUAGCUCCACCAUCGAAUCCAUGGAUGGAUGCUCCUCAAACUGUAAUGGCAACGGUGAAUGUGUUGCGGGCCACUGUCACUGCUUUGCUGGCUUUCUUGGACCCAACUGCGAGAAAGACACCUGCCCAGUGCUGUGCAGUGGCAAUGGCGAGUAUGAAAAGGGCCGGUGUGUGUGCCAUGAAGGCUGGAAAGGGCCGGAGUGCAGCAUACAAGAGGAUCAGUGUGUGGACCCCACCUGCUCCAACCAUGGAGAGUGUGUCCAGGGCAUCUGUAUCUGUAUUCCCACCUACAAAGGCAACAACUGCGAGCAAGUGGACUGCCUGGACCCCCAGUGUGCAGGACAUGGUGUGUGUGUGAAAGGCGAGUGCCUGUGCUCACCAGGCUGGGGUGGCACAAGUUGUGAGAGCCCAUUGCCUGCAUGCCAGGACCAGUGCUCCGGCCACGGCACUUACAUGUCUGAGAGCGGAACCUGUGUCUGCGAACCCAACUGGACUGGUUCAGACUGCUACAUAGAGCUGUGUCCGGUGCCCUGUGGCAGUCACGGUGUGUGUUCAGAGGGCCGUUGCCAGUGUGAGGAAGGCUGGGAGGGCACAGCUUGUGACCAGCGAGCCUGCCACCCUCGCUGUGAGGAACAUGGCCAGUGUGUGGACGGAAAGUGCCAGUGUCAGCCUGGAUGGGAAGGCGAACACUGCACCAUUGCCCAUGAUCUGGAUGUGGUGGUGAAAGAUGGCUGCCCGGGGCUGUGUAAUGGAAAAGGCCGCUGUACACUGGAGCAGAGUGGCUGGCGCUGUGUGUGUCAGCCUGGCUGGAGUGGUGCUGGCUGCAACACUGUGACAGAGCGCGAGUGUGAUGACAACACUGACAAUGAUGGAGAUGGCCUGGUAGACUGUGUGGACCCGGACUGUUGUCAGCAGGGAAGCUGCAGUAAUAAGCCCCUUUGCCAGGGCGCUCCUGACCCUCUUGCCCUCCUCCAGCAAAGCCACAGCCAGCCGCCUUCCACGCCUCUUCCCACUUACACUUUCUUCCAGCGAGUCCGCUUUCUCCUGGGCAAAUCUGGCACACACACACUGCAUGGAGACGUUCCCUUUGAUGGCAGCCAAGCGGCUGUGGUGCGGGGGCAAGUGGUGGCAAUAGACGGUGCACCUCUAGUGGGGGUCAACAUCACCUUCCUUCAGCACCCAGAGUACGGCUUUACCAUCAGCCGACAGGAUGGCAGUUUUGACCUGGUGGUGGUGGGGGCUAUCUCAGUGACCCUGGUGUUCCAGAGACCACCUUUUCUAACCCAGAGACGCACCAUCUGGCUGCCCUGGAACAAUUUCCUGGUGUUGGACAAGGUUGUCAUGUCUCGAGUGGAGGGUACUCCCCAAACCUGUGAUAUGAAGAACUUUAUCAGCCCCUAUCCCAUCGUACUGCCCUCCCCCCUCACCAGAUACACAGGAGAGUGCACCCUACGUGGACCUGUCAUCCCAGAAUUACAGGCUGUGCAGGAGGAGAUUUUCAUUCCAGGCAGCUUUGUGAAACUCAGCUACCUCAGCACACGUGCAGCCGGAUACCAGUCACUGCUGCGCAUCAUCCUUACACACGCCUCCAUACCUCCAGGCCUCAGCAAGGUACAUGUGACUGCCGUCAUAGAGGGCAGGCAGUACCAGAAGUGGUACCCAGCUGCCCCGGGACUGGUCUAUGUCCUGGCAUGGAAUAAGACUGACAUCUACGGGCAGAAGGUUUGGGGUCUGACGGAGGCAGCUGUUUCUGUGGGAUACGAGUAUGAAUCCUGCCCAGACUUUGUUCUAUGGGAAAGAAGGAGCGCUCUAAUCCAGGGCUUUGAGAUGAUGGGCUCCAACUUGGGCGGAUGGACCUUGGACAAACACCAUGUUCUGAAUGUGCAAAGUGGUAUCUUGCACAAAGGAAAUGGAGAAAACAUCUUCAUCUCCCAGCAGCCUCCAGUCAUCAGUACGGUGAUGGGAAAUGGCUACUACCGAACUAUUCCCUGUGCGGGCUGCAGCGGCCCGGCCUUGGAGGGCAAGCUCUUCGCCCCUGUGGCCUUGGCCUGUGGUUCAGAUGGCAGCAUCUAUGUGGGUGACUUCAAUUUUGUGCGCAGGAUCCUUCCUAGUGGCUACACCUACAACAUCCUGGAGCUCAAGAACAGGGACACAAGACACAGCACAAGCCCAGCCCAUAAGUAUUACCUGGCCAUGGACCCAGUGAACGAGGCUCUGUACCUGUCGGACACGAGUAGCCGGAGGGUCUACAGGCUGAAGACCCUGAGCGAGCCCAAAGAUCCGGCUAAGAACAUGGAGGUGGUUGCAGGCACAGGGGAGCAGUGCCUGCCAUUUGACCAGAGCCACUGCGGAGAGGGUGGAAAAGCCACAGGAGCUUCACUCAACAACCCCAGAGGUAUUGCAGUGGACAAGAGGGGCUAUGUGUACUUUGUGGAUGGGACCACCAUUCAGAAGAUCAAUGAGAGAGGUGUACUGACCACCUUCAUUGGCUCCAAUGGUCUGAUGUCAACCCAGCCGCUCAGCUGUGACGCACGCAUGGAUGUCACACAGGUGCGUCUGGAAUGGCCGACAGACUUGGCUAUCAAUCCCAUGGACAACUCCCUCUAUAUCCUGGACAACAACAUUGUGCUGCAGGUGUCUGAAAGCCUCAAGGUGCGCAUUGUAGCUGGCCGUCCCAUCCACUGCCAAGUCCCGGGCCUCGACCAUUUCCUGGUCAGCAAAUCAGCAGUGCACUCCACACUGGAGGCAGCUAAGGCCAUAGCUGUGUCCCAUCAGGGUCUGCUGUACAUCGCAGAAACGGACGAGCGGAAGAUCAACCGCAUACAACAGGUCACCACCAAUGGAGAAAUCUCAGUAGUGGCUGGAGCCCCCACCGACUGUGACUGCAAGAUUGACCCCAACUGUGACUGCUUCUCUGGUGAUGGUGGCUACGCCCGUGAUGCUCGACUGGAAGCACCUUCCUCGCUGGCAGUGGCGCCCAAUGGCACACUCUACAUUGCAGACCUGGGCAAUAUUCGCAUCCGUGCCAUGAGUGUCAACCGGCCGCAGCCCAAUGUUGCAGGCCUCUAUGAGAUUGCCUCCAUAGUGGACCAGGAGCUCUACCUCUUCAGCCUGAAUGGCACACAUCUCCACACCAAGCACCUGAUCACAAGAGACUACCUGUACAAUUUCAGCUACUCAGCUGAUGGGCAGCUAAGCGCAGUAGUUGGGCGGGAUGGCAGCGCUGUCCAUGUGAGGCGGGAUGCCAAUGGCCUGCCGCUCUGGCUAGUGGCACCCAGGGGUCAGGUGCACUGGCUCACCGUUAGCAACAGUCGAGUCCUUAAGAGGGUCUCGGCCCAAGGCCAUGACAUUGCCCAGCUCACUUACCACGGCAGCACCGGUCUCCUAGCAACCAAGAGCGAUGAGAACGCCUGGACCACAGUGUAUGAGUACAACGGUGAAGGCCACAUCAUCAAUGUCACCUUCCCGACUGGAGAAGUCAGCAGUUUCCACGGCAACAUGGAGAAGUCGGUGCGGGUGGAAGUAGACAGCUCCAACUCAGAGAACUUUGUCACGGUCACCAACUUUUCCUCCUCCGACACAAUUUUCACUUUCCGCCAAGACCACGCUCAGAACACUUACCGUGUAAGCUCCGACGGCUCUUUUCACGUGACCUUUGCCAGCGGCAUGGACGUGGCCCUCAGCACGGAGCCACACCUGUCGGCCGGAGUGGUCAACCCGGCGGUCAGCAAGUGCAACAUCACACUGCCCAGUGAGCACAGCCCGAGUCUCAUUGAAUGGAGGCAGAGGCGAGAGCAGGCCAAGAGCAACCACACAGCCUAUGAGCGCAGGCUACGGGCCCAUAAUAGAAAUCUGCUGUCCAUAGACUUUGACCAGGCCACACGUGUGGGCAAGAUUUAUGAUGACCAUCGCAAAUUUACGCUCAGGAUUCUAUAUGAUCAACUGGGUCGGCCCAUUUUGUGGUCACCAAGUAGCAAAUACAAUGAGGUGAAUGUUACCUACUCGGCCGCAGGCCUUAUUACCAACAUCCAGCGUGGAAACUGGUCUGAAAGACUGGAAUACGACAACGGAAGGGUGGUGUCCAGAGCAUGGGUCAAUGGCAAGAUCUGGAGCUACUCAUUCGUGGAAAAGUCCAUUAUGCUACUGUUGCACAGCCAGCGCAGAUACAUUUUUGAGUAUGACCAGACAGACCGCCUGUUGGCCGUGACAAUGCCCAGCAUGGUGCGUCACAGCCUGCAGUCCAUGCUGUCAGUGGGCUACUACAGGAACAUCUACAGCCCUCCAGACAGCAAGGAUUCCAUCAUCCAGGACUUUGCUCGGGACGGACGUCUACUGCAGAUGCUUUACCUGGGCACAGGCCGGCGGGUGCUCUACAAGUACACCAAGCAAGCCCGUCUCUCUGAGAUCAUCUAUGACACCACUCUGGUCACCUUCACCUAUGACGACUCUUCAGGCAUGAUCAAAACCAUCCACCUUAUGCACGAAGGCUUUGUCUGCACCAUCCGAUACAGGCAAACAGGUCCUCUUGUUGGCCGUCAGAUUUUCCGAUUCAGUGAGGAGGGACUGGUGAAUGCUCGGUUCGACUACAGCUACAACAAUUUCCGUGUAACCAGCAUGCAGGCCAUGAUAAAUGAGACCCCCCUUCCCAUUGAUCUUUACCGUUAUGUGGAUGUAUCUGGACGCAUCGAGCAGUUUGGCAAGUUUAGCGUAAUCAACUAUGACCUCAACCAGGUCAUCACCACUCAUGCCAUGAAACACACCAAGAUAUUCAAUGCCUAUGGGCAGGUGAUUGAGGUACAGUAUGAGAUCCUUAAGUCAAUCGCCUAUUGGAUGACGGUGCAGUAUGACAACAUGGGUCGUACCAUCAUUUGCGACAUCCGUGUAGGAGUGGAGGGAAACAUCACGCGAUACUCAUACGAAUAUGAUGCUGACAGCCAGCUUCAAACUGUCCUGAUGAACGACCGCCCUCAGUGGCGCUACAGCUACGAUCUUAACGGCAACAUCAAUCUCCUCAGCCAUGGCACCAGUGCUAGGCUAACUCCGCUCCGCUAUGACCUCCGUGAUCGCAUUACCAGGCUGGGCGAAAUCCAGUACAAAAUGGACGAUGAUGGCUUCCUCCGUAUGAGGGGCAACGACAUGUUUGACUACAACUCAAAUGGACUUCUCACAAAGGUCUACAACAAAGUGACUGAGGAGAGUGUCCAUUACCUUUACGAUGGCCUGAGUAGGCGUGUGGCUAGUAGAUCGAGCAGCGGCCAGCAUCUGCAGUUCUUUUAUGCUGAUCUAGCCAAUCCAACCAGAGUCACACACAUGUACAAUCACAGCAGCUCUGAAAUCACCUCUCUCUACUAUGACCUGCAGGGCCACAUCAUUGCUAUGGAGCUAAGCAGUGGUGAGGAAUACUAUGUGGCUUGUGAUAACACCGGCACUCCACGGGCCAUUUUCAGCAGUCGAGGGAAAAUCGUCAAAGAGAUCCUGUAUACUCCUUAUGGGGACAUAUAUCAGGACUCCAACCCAUCCUUCCAGCUGAUCAUUGGUUUCCACGGUGGGCUAUAUGAUCCUUUGACAAAGCUGAUACAUUUUGGGCGGAGGGACUAUGACGUGGUGGCUGGCAGGUGGACCGCACCCGACUACAACUUGUGGAGCGAGCUCAGUGCCAAUCCGAAACCUUUUAAUCUUUACGCGUUCAAGAACAACUGCCCAGUGGGAAACAUUGAGGAGGUCACUCAGUUCACUACAGAUAUUGGCAGCUGGCUCCAGCUGUUUGGAUUCCAGCUCCAUAACAUUGUGCCAGGCUUUCCUAAGCCAGAUGUGGCUGGCAUGGAACAAACCUAUGAGAUGAUGAAGACUCAAACCAAAACCCAGGAUUGGGACUCCAGUAAAGUGGUCCUAGGUAUUCAGUGUGAGCUCCAGAGGCAGCUCCGAUCCUUCAUCUCCCUUGAGAGGCUUCCAAUGAUUCCACCCAUCAGCCACCUGCAGCAAUGUUUGGACCAGACGCCACGAUUCUCCACCCUUUCCUCCAUUUUCGGCAAGGGCAUCAAGUUCGCCAUCAAAAACGGAGUGGCCACAGCGGAUGUCAUAGGCGUAGCCAGCGAGGACAGCCGCCGCAUGGCCACCAUCCUGCAUGGUGCUGUGUACCUAGCAGGCCUCCACUUCACUGUGGACGGCCGAGACACGCACCACUUUGUCAAACUCGGACCGCUGGAGGAGGAUCUGGCCGUCAUGAGCAGCGGUGGUGGCGGACGAAUACUGGAGAAUGGCGUCAACGUGACGGUAUCACAAAUGACCUCGUCGGCCGGCGGCAGGACCAGGCGCCUGGCCGACAUCCAACUGCAGCAGGGGGCACUGUGCCUGAAUGUGCGCUAUGGCGCCUCAGCCGAAGAGGCCAGGGAGCACGUGCUGGAGCUGGCCAGGCAGCGGGCUGUGGAGCAGGCAUGGGCACGUGAGCAGGGCCGGCUGCUGGAAGGAGAGGAGGGCAGCCGACCUUGGACGGAGGCUGAGAGGCAACAGCUGCUCUCCGGCGGCAAGGUGGCCGGCUACGACGGCUAUUUUGUCCUGUCUGUGGAGCAGUACCUGGAGCUCGCGGACAGUGGCAACAACAUUCAUUUUAUGAGACAAAGCGAGAUAGGCCGGAGGUAACACUGGUUAAGCCCUUGCCUACUGGCCCCUUCACCAAAGACUGCCUGUUUCUAGAUUGAUUUCUACGAUUACAAAAAAAGAAAAAAAAAAACAAGAAAAAAAAAAGUGAUCAAGGGAGUAAGUCCCAUCUGCCUUUAAUUGUGACAAAAUGAUGGUAUUUUAUUAUCGUUCCAGGUGGAGUUUCUAAAGUGGCACAAGAUUUUUUUUUCUCUCUUCUUCUUUUCUUUCUUUUUUCUGUGGCUUAGCUUUUUCUAUGGAAUGGUCUUUUUUUCUCCUCAAAGAACACAGUAUUGUUUCUCAACUUCUCCUAAUUAUGAACCUGCAGAGAUGAAAUGAAACUAGUAUCAUAGAAUUGGUAUCGUAUUAUCCUUGUACCAACAUAAAAGAGGAGCUGUUUUUCUUAUUGGUUGUUCGCACUACAUAGUACACCUCAACGUAAUAUAGUUUACAUUUUGAGCAAGAGAGGCCUUGUCAAAUUAUCAUGAGAUGAAAGAAUGAGCUGUCAAGUUCUUGGAACAUGGAACUGAGAAAGCCCUACUGAACACUGAACUUAGGUUAUAUUACAAAAAAAAAAAAACUGCUGUCAUGAAUCUAAUAUUGUAUAUAUGCACUAAAAACAAUGUACAUAGCAAGUGCUUAAAAAAAAGAAGAAAGUGCUAAAGAUUUUAAAUAUGUUGUCAUCCUUAAUGAAGUGUUAAUAUUAAUGACUAGAUGCAGAUACAAUUUUUUCAAGAAACUAUACAUGCUAUGAAACUAUCUGCCCUGGAUCUCUGAGUAUAAGGAGCUCAUUAAAGGUAUUAUGUGUA